AUGGCGUCUACCAUGGAAACCAUCAACCAACUCGCCUCUUCCGCCGCCAAGGCCGUCUGGGGCGACUCCAACCCCGAGACUCACGAGGAGCCCAUCUCGGGAGCCACAGGCGACGUCUCCAAGGGCGAGCCCUACGAUGCUGGCAACCUGGACCCCGAAGCCCAACACAAAGUCGAAUCCAGCCUAAACGCCAAAACCAACACAACUGACAAGGACGACACACCUUCAGACCUCGCCGAGGGCGAAUACUACGCCCUCUCCUCUUCCGCAAAAUACAAGCCGCUCCCCGAAACCCCAGACACCCAGGAACGACCCAACGACAUGACCACCACCACCGCCACCAAGCCCCAGAACACCACUCUGCCCCAGGACACCUCUAAGCCCAGAGACACCGCAACAGACACAUCCCUAGACAAGCCCGCGGGCAAGUCCACGGCCGAACCAGCAGACGCCCCCGUAAAUCCCGAAGAAGGCAAGCCCCUCGACCAGCUCUCCGGCAAGGGCCCCCGCCCCGUCGAGGAAGUUGCCAGAGAGCACGGCGGAAACGCUGCCGCCGCCGCCUCUGACGACUCCGUCUCUUCUCCCCAGGACAAGGACAGCAAGCCUCAGCCCAGCGUCGAGGCAAAGCAGGAACACCAGAACGCGCACGAGGGAGAUAAAGCUGCCGAGGAGACAGAGUACGUCAAGACGACAGGACUUGCCGCUGAUGGAGGCAAUUUCGAUGCCUCGAAGCCUGGUGCUGGGCUAGAAGCUGAUCGAUUGAUGGAGCAAAAGGGCCUCAAGUCGGCAGAGGACGACAGCAAGGGCACCAGCGGUGGCCGCAAGAGCUCCGAUUCGGGACACCAUCACCACAAGGACAAGCCCAGUGUUAAGGAGCGAAUCAAGAAUAAGCUGCACCGGCACUAG